AUGGACCGAAAUUCACAAAAACCUCCAUCGCACUUAAGAGGGCGUGAGCUGGGUAUGUACUACCGGAACAAGGCACGCCGAAACAAUCAAAAUGCCGACACAGUCGGCGCAAACGAUGGACAAUGGCGUAGCGAACGGCACAAAGGAUUACAGCGCCGCAAAGCACAGGAACGGUCCAGUUACGAAGCGAACGAACCAGGCAGUUCGAACCGCUUUCGUCGCUAUCAGGACCAACGGGACAUCAGGUUAGAAGACCAAGCGGAAGCACCGCCACCCGGGUUGCGUGGUCGAGAAUUAGGACUGUUUUACCGCGAUCGUACAACAGCGAAAUCGAAGCGGCGUGAAAAGCAGAAUGCAGUGGACAUUACCCUACCGCGCUUGCAGAUUGAGGAGAUCCGGAACCAUCUGCAGAUAAACCGGGGCUUCGAACAGAGUGACAUAUACCGGGAGUUUAUCGAAAAUGAAAACAUCCGUUCGGUGUUUAAGAACGAGUAUUUGCGUGUAAUCAGUAAAACGCUCCAGGAAACACUACAGGAAGAGAGUUCUGCGAUUUCUCGGGACGCACCCUUGGACGAGGAUGCAUAUAAAGCGAUGUUGAUGGAUGAGGAAUUAGAUACUGAACUUGAGUACAAGCGGACUCCGCUGGGUGAGUUUCGCAAAACGUUACCAGCCUACGCUCACCGUACGGCCGUACUGGACAUGAUCGAACGGCAUCAGGUGAUUCUCAUUAAGGGUGAAACGGGUUCGGGCAAAACUACGCAAGUACCUCAGUACAUCCUCGAGGAAGCUAAAGCUUGUGGCCGAGAAUCGCGCUGCAAGAUACUUUGCACCCAACCACGCCGGAUUUCGGCCAUAACACUUGCCCGACGUGUGGCAGAUGAACGGAACGAAGCGCUUGGCCGUUCGGUUGGCUAUCAGAUCAGGUUGGAAUCGGUACCACCGAGAGGAGACGGUGGUAGUAUCCUGUUUUGCACUACCGGCAUUGUGCUGAUGUUGAUGCAAUCGGACCCAUUGCUUCGUCGGUACACGCAUCUGGUGCUGGACGAGAUACACGAGCGUGACGUCAUUACGGAUCUACUUCUGGCCAUCAUUCGGAUGGUACUUCCGUACCGGAAAGACCUUCGAGUGAUCCUAAUGAGUGCAACCCUAACGGCAGAAACAUUCUCACAGUACUUCAACAACUGUCCCAUGGUUGAAAUCCAAGGGAUCACCUACCCGGUACGUGAAUACUACCUCGAGGAUGUUCUGGCGGAGCUAAAGUUUUACACCUUUGAAGAUAAGCAAGCAGCCAGACGGAGAGGAAACCGACACGAGUCACAGCGACGUGAAGACGCGUUCUACGACAUGAUCGAACCGUACUGCGAAGAGAUUCGCGGUCGCUUUCCAGCACCGGUUCUUCGUGCGCUUCAAAAUCCGGGCAGUGAAAACAGCCAGAAUGAACUGAUUGUGGAGCUACUGUACUUUAUCACCUGCGCAAAACCGCCCGGAGCUAUUCUGGUGUUUCUGCCAAGCUUGGCACAAAUAUCCGAACUGUACCGGAUGAUCCGAGAACAUCGUUUGCUUUCGCAGGCAAGGCUCAUCGUGUAUCCGUUACAUUCGCAAAUACCCACCCGAGAUCAAACGGCCGUAUUUGAACGUCCCCCAGACGGGGUACGUAAAAUCAUCCUCUCGACCAACAUUGCCGAAACGUCCAUUACGAUCAACGAUAUUGUGUACGUGAUCAAUGCAGGCCGCCACAAGCUAAAUAUGUACGAAAAUGGUGUUUCGGUGUUGCGCGACGAAUGGAUCUCAACGUCGAACGAAAUUCAACGCAAAGGACGGGCUGGGCGUGUCCAGGAAGGUGUUUGCUACCACCUGUACAGCCGUGCCCGUAGGGGCACGCUGCUGGAGAAUGUUCCACCGGAAAUUAUACGCGUCGCAUUGGAUGAAGUAAUUUUGCAGAUUAAAAUUCUACAACUCGGCGACGCGCGUGCUUUUAUGGAACAUUUGCUCGAUAAACCGGCCGAAGAGGUGAUCGAGCAAUCGCUGAAGCUGCUGAACGGACUGAAUGCGAUCGACAAUGAUGAGAAGCUGACACCGCUCGGGUUUCAUCUAGCUCGUCUACCGAUGGAUCCACGCACCGGAAAGAUGGUCCUGCUGGCAAGCAUCUUUAGCUGUAUCGAUCCGAUCACCUCGAUCGCGGCUAGUUUAACGUUUAAAAAUGCAUUCUAUAAACCGCUGGGCAAGGAGAAGGAAGUCGAUCGGAUUAAGCGCAAUUUUGCGGAAGAUUCGGCAAGUGAUCAUAUUAUGCUUGCGAACGUAAUUGCCGAGUGGCGUAAGCAAUCGAAUAAGGGUGGAUUUUGUGGAAAGAAUUUCUUGAACGGGGCAACAUUGCAGCAGCUAUCCAACAUGAAGGGACAGUUCUGUGAGUAUCUGUACAGGACGAAGUUUAUGGCUGGUGCGGAGGCUGAAUCAAAGCAGGACAAUCUGCACUCGGAUAAUAUUGAUCUGCUACGAGCAAUCGUUGGAGCUGGAUUGUACCCGAAUGUGGCGUUCGUGCGGAAGGUGAUCCGGUCGCGGAAUAGUCCGGAUGGGCGAGCGAUCCUGAACGUGGAACAGCAGGGUAGAGCGGAAAUUCAUCCCGGAUCGGUUAAUGGCAACAGGGGCGUUUUUCAUUCAAAUUUUGUCGUUUACUACGACAUGCAGAAGCUUAAGGCGCUCACCAUCUUCGACACGACCGUUGUGAACCCAUUCCCGCUACUAUUCUUCGGAGACAAUCACGUGGAAACGAACGAAGGACGUCAAAUGAUCUCCAUCGCCGGUCAUUACUGCCUCAAGUGCGAUAAAGAAACGUACGACCUGAUACAGGACCUGCGGGCAGGCUUCAAUCUGUUCCUGCAGAAGCAAAUCUGCAACCCAUCACCGGUCGAUUGGAACUCACGCGAAGGCGAACUGUUAAGAUCUAUCAUUAAGCUGAUAACACUCGGCUGCAAGUUUGAGGAUGGUUUCGAUGAUGACGAUGCAGAGGAACAACACUCGGGAUAG